AUGGAGGCUGGCCCGCAGUGCAAUGCCGGUCGCAAGGAUGAAGCCUCUUCGGAUGAGAAGUCUAUUUCCACGUCUGUGGUUCCUGGCAAUAUCGACGACGUUCGACUAGCAGAGCUCGGAUACAAGGGCGAGUUCAAGCGAGAGUUUUCCACCAUUGAGACCGUGGCAUUUGCAUUUUCCAUUAUGGCUGUCAUUGGCGGUGUGUCGUCGACCUUGUCUUUCGGACUCUUAUCAGGCGGCCACGUAGGGAUGAUCUGGGGCUGGGGUAUCCCAUGUCUCUUCAUCAUGUGUAUUGCUGCCUCAAUGGCAGAACUCGCUUCGUCCAUGCCUACCAGCGCAGGAUUGUAUUAUUUCUCUGCAAAGCUCGCGCCUGAGCGGUACUCGGCUCUUGCGAGCUGGAUUACCGGAUGGGCCAAUGUCACAGGCCAAGUGACUCUUGUGUGCUCCAUCGACUACACUGUUGCGCAGAUGAUCACCACCGCCGUGGCUGUUGCCACCGAUGGCACGGUCGUUUUGGGCGCCGGGCCCACAUACGGUAUACUCAUCGCCAUUCUCGUUGUCCACGGGGUGAUUUGCUCCGCGGCCACGCGAAUCCUUGCGCGCAUGAACCUCUUCUACGGCAUCCUUACUGCGGGGGCGACAGUCGCGGCGGUCAUUUCUCUCCUCGUUGCAUCGGGCGAUGGGAAAGUGUCCACGAAGACAGCAUUCACCCUCUUCGAGAACAACACCGGCUGGUCCAACGACGGAUGGGCGUUCAUCCUUUCCUUCGCCGCGCCUAUGUGGUCCCUCACGGGCUACGACUCCGCAGCGCACAUCUCGGAGGAGACCUCCGGUGCCGCGCGCGCGGCUCCUAUCGCGAUCCUCGUCUCCGUUGCCGCGGUCGGCGGCAUGGGCUGGAUCCUCGCCAUCGCCGCAUCCUUCGCCACCGCCUCGGUCCCCACGCUGCUCGAAACCGACCUCGCGCUUCCGAUGGGCCAGCUCCUGCUCGAUGUCCUUGGCAAACGCGGCAUGCUCGCCAUCUGGAGCUUCACGAUCAUAGCGCAGUUCCUGUGCGGCGCGGCGCAGGGCGUAGACGCGUCCCGCGUCGUCUUCGCGUUCGCGCGCGACCGCGCGCUCCCCGGCUCGCGCUGGUGGCGCCGGAUGAACCGCCACACGCGCACGCCCGUGAACGCGGUCUGGCUCGUCAUGGGCAUCUCCGCGCUCUGCGGCCUCCUCGGCUUCUCCGCGACCGCAUUCUCGUCCCUCGCCGGCGCCUCCGUCGUCGGCCUCUACACGUCCUACGCGAUCCCGAUCUUCCUCAGGAUCACGUCCGGGCGCGACAGGCUUGUGCCCGGGCCGUUCACGCUCGGAAAAUGGUCCACCGCCGUCGGCGCCGUCGCGGUGACCUGGGUCGCGUUCGUCGUCGUCGUGCUCUGCUUUCCCGUCAGCCAGCGCACGACCGCGGUGGAGAUGAACUACGCGUCGGUCAUCGUCCUUGCGGUCUUCAUCUUCGCGUCCGCGUCGUGGGUCUUGUCUGCGCGCAGGUGGUUCGUCGGGCCUUUGCCCAACAUCGACGGCUCGGUAAACGAGAAGGGGGUGAGGUAA